AUGGCGGUGGAUCCAAAUGACAUGGCCGACAAUGGCAUGGGAAUUCCUAAAGAUUCGAUGACAACCAUCGCUACCGAAAGUACUAGCGUCGAGUUACCACCCGAAACAUCCAAAGCUGAAUCCUUACGUGCACUCGUCCCGACCCUCCACCAGCGGACCACAGGAAGAAAAUGUCUAGUUUUGUCCACCAUUUUUGCGUCACCAUCUGCAGCAACUGCCACUGGUGCUCGUCAUCACCAUGAUGCAGUGAAGCAGCUAAGGAUAAAGGUAGUGCAGCCACAGCAGCAGCUGCACGGUGGCUGCUGGCAAGGCAGAGGCAAUGGUAGGGGCAGCGCGGUUUUGGCGAGGGCCAGGCCUGGGCCGCUGACAGAGAUAGAGCCGGACCUGCAUGAGGACCCCAUCCACCGGUGGCGCACCAACGGCGUCAGCUGGUCUGACUUUGAGUAUGGAGCGUAUGAUGGACAGCACACCUACCACGAAAGCCAAGACAAGAAGAGCUUCUGGGAGGACGUCUCCGAGUGGUACCACGAAGCUGAGCCUCCUCAGGGCUUCCAAGCACUCAUCUCCUGGGCAUUUCCUCCAGCAAUCAUCCUUGGCAUGGCUUUCAAUGUACCGGGGGAGUAUCUCUACAUUGGGGCAGCUCUGUUCAUUGUUGUGUUCUGCAUCAUCGAGAUGGACAAGCCAGACAAGCCCCACAACUUUGAGCCGGAGAUCUACAUGAUGGAGAGAUCGGCUCGCGACAAGCUCAUCGCCGACUACAACUCGAUGGACAUCUGGGACUUCAACGAUAAAUACGGCGAGCUCGGGGACCUAACCGUCAACAGCAGGGAAGAUAUUGUGAAAUCGUAG